UUGAAAGUAUUAGGAGAGGAGCGACAUAAGAGAUGGUAGGAUCUAGAAGACACUAAACCCUCAAGCCUCAACCUCAAUCCACAUUUAUCCUCUUCAUCCUCUCGCUCUCUCCGUCUCCCAUGGCCACCACCGUGCUCAAAACGCCACCUACCUUCAGCGUUCCGGCGGCAUACCUUUGCAGUACCGCCGCCGCCGGUUCCACCCUCAAAUCCCACAAUUUAGCCUGCGUUUCCUUUAUACCCAGUAGACUUCCUGUGGCAAGAUGUCGGAUUCACCACACGAGUUAUAAGAGGAGUAGUGCCAAAUUGCCUAGCCGCUCGGCUCACAAAUUCUUGACCUUUGCUGCUGAUGGAGAAACUGCGGAGGCCCAAACCGAGACCCAGGAGAAAGACGCGGUUCAAGGAUCCGAAUCCGAACCCGAAAUUGAGGGGAACACAGACGGUGCACUUGAUGACGACACUUCAAGUGAGAGUGAUAAUGCAGUUGCAGGAGAACCUAGUUCUGUGGUUGUAGCUUCUUUAAACUUAUACAAGGAGGCUUUAGCAAAUAAUGAUGAGUCAAAAGUUGCUGAAGUAGAAUCAUUUCUUAAAUCCAUUGAAGAUGAGAAAAUUGGUCUUGAGAGGAAAGUUGCCACUUUAUCUGAAGAAUUAUCAUCUGAGAGGGAUCGGGUUCUUAGAAUUAGUGCGGACUUUGACAAUUUCCGUAAGAGGACAGAGAGAGAACGGCUGUCGCUGGUGACAAAUGCGCAAGGAGAAGUUGUUGAAAGUUUGUUAUCUGUUUUAGAUAAUUUUGAGCGAGCCAAAGCCCAGAUCAAAGUGGAAACUGAAGGAGAGGAGAAGAUCAACAACAGUUAUCAGAGUAUAUACAAGCAGUUUUCGGAGAUUCUGGGAUCCCUUGGCGUUGUUCCUGUGGAGACAGUGGGUAAACCAUUUGAUCCCAUGCUGCAUGAAGCUAUAAUGCGUGAAGAUUCCACAGAGUAUGAGGAUGGUAUUAUUAUUGAAGAAUACAGGAAGGGCUUCCUACUCGGUGAGAGACUCUUGCGACCGUCGAUGGUGAAAGUAUCCGCUGGUCCUGGACCUGCGAAACCUGAAACUGGGGGUCAAUCAGAAGUUCAAGAGGAAGUCAAUGAAAAUGGUGGAGGAGAGGGUAGCUCAGAAACCACAGGUCCUGAGGAAUAGCUGCCCCCAAUACAAAAUCAAUUUUGUAUGAAAAAUACCUCUACAAGUAAGUCACUUGGUGGGCUUUCUUUCAGAUGAUUGUUGGUGGAUCGAUACUUGCUCCCAAGAAGAUAACCUUCACGAUCAUACAUUAUUUUCUGAUGCUACUAAUUGAAGAGGUAGUUUUCCCAUGUAGCAACAAUGCAACUGAUUUUUGAAUUAAAUUCCGUUCCGUGUAAACUUAGAACCGGGCGUCGGCUAGUGGUGGUUCGUCUGUGUUCUUUAGCAUUGCAGGACUCAUACUAUUAUGUGCCUUCUCAUUCUCAUCCGUUUAUUUUGUAAGUGUCAAUCACAACGACGCAGUGGAGGAGGUGGUGUAGUUACUGAAUAUACCUCUUUCCCCUUUAACAUA